AUGCUGUCUGUUUCAGUUCUUCUCCAACGCAAUGGUUAUUUCCUGCUUCCCAUUAACCUGCUCUUCUGGGCUACAUUGGUCCUCAGGACUGUGGCCUCUCCGGUGCCAAAUUCCAACCCUCUGUACCAGUUUGAUGGGCAAGUCCGGCUUCGUCAUCUCUACACGACCAAUGAACGGACCGAACUCCACCUGGAGAUCUUCUCAGAUGGCACAGUGCGUGGCUCCAAAUACCAGAAUUCCUUCAGUUUGAUGGAAAUCAAAGCAGUAAAGUUGGGGGUCAUUCGUAUAUUGGCUAAGAAAACCUCUAGAUUUCUUUGCAUGGAUUCUGAAGGACAUCUAUAUGGCUCACUGUCGUACUCGGAAGAGGCCUGUAACUUCCGCGAGAUGGUUCUUCAAGAUGGCUAUAACGUGUACUAUUCAGAAGCAUACAAUCUUCCGGUGAGCCUCAGCUUGAUGGAGAAUUUGGCCCAAAGCCGUCUGCUGCCCCCUUUCUCCCAGUUCCUACCUUUAAUAAACAAGGUUCCCCUUGAACCCAUAAUCAUGAACUCCGAAUACAUUCAACAGGUACAUGACAUUGAGUCACCUGAUCCCUUCAACAUAAUGGGUCAAAAUCAGGACCUAAGAAGCCCAAGUUUUGCCUUCAGAUAG